CUCAUGGCGCGCAGAGUUUGAGUUGGUCCGCAGUUGAGGGGGAGUAUAAAGAAUACUGGCUGCGAGUUCAGUGCGUCCGCGAUCGUCCGUCAAGCGGAGUUCGUCAACGUAGACAGUAACUGCCAAAGUUAGCUACCACGUGCAACCGGUAGCACCGAGAGUAAAAGACACUUUUAAUUUGGUUAAAUGCUUUACUGAAAUUAUAAGUUUUCUUCUUCCCGUUCUCAAAGUUUAUUACCAUGGAAAUAUAGUGUCGCAAUAUUUCAAUAUAUUUGGCUAUUUUUGUUUCCAGUGUAUUUUUAUACGUAAUUCGUUCAAUCUUUUGGCCGGAUUUCUUUUCCUUUAUUUAAGUGGAAUUACAAAAACGUGCAUUUAUUCACCGAUGAUCAGUGAUUGAUAGAAAUAAUAAGUGUGCGGUGAUACGAUGAAGAUGAAGAUCCACGUAGUGGUGCUUUUUUGCGCUUUUACGAGCAUCGCAAUACCGUGGACUAAUGGGUUCAACGUUGAGACUAAACACUGCACUAUUUACAAUUCGGAGAUAAAUUCCAUGUUCGGAUUUGCAGUUUCUGAACAAAAGGAUAGAAAUAAUGAAGGAUGGGUUAUAGUCGGUGCACCAGCUGCCCAAACUAGUCAAGAAGGCGUGGAAAGAGGAGGUGCAGUAUACCACUGUAAGAUCGCUGAUGACAACGAUUGUACGCAGAUUAACUUCGAUCCACAGGGUAAUACAUGGAACGCGAAACCAGAUGCCAUCUACCAAGUGGACAACAAAACGAACCAAUGGUUUGGAGCAACGGUUUCAACUACGGAUGAGCAGGACGGGCCCAUAUUGGCCUGUGCACCGAGGUACUUAUGGUUCACAAGUUCCUUUACGCAACGAGAUCCGGUCGGCACUUGCUACGUUACCAGCCACAGUUUUAGCGGAUCAAAAGAAUUUUCACCCUGCAGAACGAGACUCACGGGCUACCACAGGCAGGGAUCUUGUCAAGCCGGAUUGGGCGCCGCCUUGUCGAAGGAUGGUAAAAAUGUGUUCAUUGGCGCCCCUGGUAGCUACUACUGGCAAGGUCAGGUCUACUCAAUCGACAGCGCAGCUGAAUUUGAUUAUAUACCUCCCGGACGCGAGUUCUUCGGAUCUCCAGGUCAAGUAUUUUCAAGUGGACCAGGAGGCCAACCGCCGGUGUCGUACACCAAGGAAAGUGGAGCCAUGGAUGACGACUCUUAUCUCGGCUACUCGGUCGCUUCGGGAGAUUUCGAAGGGAACGGCCAAGUAGGCGCAGCCGUUGGUAUGCCCAGAAGUCACAAUCUACAUGGAAAGGUUGUACUCCUAAGAUCGAACAUGAAGACCUGGCACGCUAACUUGACCGGCGACCAGAUGGGUGCUUACUUUGGAUACUCGGUUAUUGCUUGCGACGUCGACGGCGAUGGCCUAGACGACCUGAUUGUGGGAGCGCCGAUGUUUACGAUAGAGGACGACCCCAAGAUGACGUACGAAACCGGGAGAGUUCACAUAUUUUACCAGGGCCGUUUAGGGGACCCUGUUAAGAAGUUCAGCGAGUCGGAAACUAGAGACGGCGUGGACAACAGAGGCAGAUUCGGACUAUCCCUGGCUUCGCUGAAAGACAUUGAUCUCGAUGGUUAUCAAGACUUCGCGGUUGGCGCUCCUUACGGCGGUCCGGACGGCCGGGGUGUGGUCUACAUCUAUCACGGUUCGAAGACUGGUGUUCUGGAGAAGUACUCCCAGGCGAUAUACGCCUCGGUAAUGGAGCGGCCAGUCUCGACCUUCGGCUUUUCUAUCGCUGGCGGUAAGGACCUGGACAAAAACCAUUACCCGGACAUCGUCGUCGGUGCCUAUGAAUCCAGCAGCGUAGCCUUUUUCCGUUCACGACCGGUGAUCAAGAUAGACGCCUACGUCGAGUUCGAGUCUCAGUCCAAGUCCGUAUCGCUUGAUAAUCGAGAAUGCACCCUGAGUGACAGAACCAACGUGACUUGCCUGCAGCUAAAGGCUGUCUUCAGGUACACGGGAAAAGGUGUAGCACGCAAAUUCCGUUUCAACGUCGAGUACGUCCUCGACACGAAGAAGCCGAACAACCCUCGGCUCUUCUUCGUCGACUACGAAUCUAGGAGUUCGAUUAAUCAGUCGUUUGAACUCGAAAUCGAUAGAAUGAUCCCCAAGUAUUUUAAGGUCUAUAUAUCACCGAAUAUCAAGGACAAGCUGACGUCCAUAGACGCCGAGAUGCGGAUAAGCCUGGUCGAGCAGCAAAACUUCGCCGAGCAGAGGCGGGACCCAAGGGCUCAGCUGAGACCGGUGCUCGGUGCGACGACUUCGCAGCCUGACUCAAUAUCGAUAAUGAAAAGCUGCGGCCAGGACAACGUCUGCAUACCGAAUCUCGAGUUGAACGCGACAAAGAGCGUCGAGAAGUACCUGCUUGGUUCCGGAAACAGGUUCGAACUAGACGUAAUGGUGCAGAAUACAGGAGAGGACGCGUUCGAGGCUACGUACUAUCUGCAGUUGCCUAAAGGUAUCGACUACAUAAAAGUUGAGCAGAUCGACAAGACCGAGAUACCGGUACUAUGCUCGGCCCCGAAUCCGAAUAACAACAACACGCUGAUAUGCGAGAUUGGUAACCCAUUGCCGACGGACAAGCUGGUCCACUUCAAAGUUAUGCUUCAGCCGAUAACCACUCAGGAUAUGAAACUCAGCUAUGAUCUUGAUAUGACAGUAAACACGACGAACCCCGAAGAAGAUGGGACUCGAGGCGACAACACCUUACGUCUAACAAUGCCAAUUUGGGUACAGACCGAGCUCUUCAUCGAAGGUAAGAGCAAGCCCAAGGACCUCUACCUUAACUUCGAGAAUUACACGUCGGAAAACAUCACGAGCGAAUUGGAAUUCGGACCACUUCUUACGCACAAUUAUACCAUACGGAAUGACGGUCCGUCUGAAAUUCUCGAGGCGGAGGCCUUCCUGAUAUGGCCAGCGCAGACCCUCGCCGGCCAAGAACUCAUCUACUUGAUCGAGCAGCCCGAGACAUCUGGAGGGAUCGAGUGCGCGACUGCAAACGCCAAUUACCUCAGCUUGGCGCUCGACGGCAAUCGUAGAAGACAGCAAUAUCCAGGUAUAGUCGGAGGAUACUCAAGCGGCGGAAGCUACGGCAGAACCAAUCAGGUUACGGUGGAAGAUAAUCGUUGGAAACAAAACGGAGAUCAGCCAGAUGACAAUAUUCUGGUCGUUACGAGUUCAAAGAAGCAGAACAGCGGUGGAUAUUCGAAUAACUACGAGGGUGCGUGGUCCGAAAAUUACAAAGUUGAAAGCGGUAGCCAAAACAAUUUCGCGACUGAAGGCCAUUCUAUCAACGGGGGCGGAAGUCAAUCGACGGGAAUUUUCACGGGGUCGAAUGGGGGGAGCACUCAGAUUGAUGACACUGCAUUCGAGGAACCGAUGGAACCGGGAAUACAAAGCGGUCAGAAAAUCGAAGGCGCUACUACUUACACGCAAACUCACGAAAGUGGUAACAGGAAUAAUUUCGCAUUUGAAGGCGAUUCCGUCAUCGGCGACGGAAGUCAAUCGACGGGAAUUUUCACGGGAUCAAACGGGGGAGUUACUCAAAUUCAAGACACUAGAUUCAAGGACACGAUUGAACCAGGGAUGGAAAACUGGAAGCAAUUUGGCGACAACACCUACACGGAAACUCGUCACAACACUAGGAACAACAAUUCUAGAGUCACCCAGCACGGAUGGAACGACGUGCGAGGGAGGGGGGAGAAAGUUAGCACGACGAACAUGAAUCGCGGAGGACAUUUGGAAACAGAAAUUUAUGGUGGAAACGGAGGUCAAUUUGAGACCGAGGAGAGAAUCAAUCUGGACAAUGGACAGGAAUAUUCACCGAAUUAUGAAGAGCGUAACGACUAUUCAAGGGGAAGUCAAAAUUCGGAACGUUGGAAGGUCUCCGAAGCAUCGGGACAACUGGGUACACAGAACGUCCAGGCCCACGGUGAGAGUUUCAGAAUCGCAAACGUCGGGUCAUCCGAGGAGUUGAAAAAUUUCUUAUCGAAGAUGAACCGAGGAUCCACGGUUAUCACGACGCGCACCAGAAACGGCGAGGAGUACGUCGAUCUUAAGGGUCGGUUCAGGGUGGCCAACGGCAAGGGUUACAUUCAGUUCCAAAACGGUGAAGUUUUCGAACUCCUAGACAGCCGUGGAAGCCCCAGCUAUAUGUCGGGUCAGGAAGAAAAUCGCGAGUUCCAAAGUCUGGAAGGACACUUGGAGGGUGGCAGGGAUGGCCACGUCUACGUUGUGUUGACGGACGGUCGCAAGUUCCUCAUUCCAAUGACGUACACGUACCACCGAAAGGAGACCGUCACCAUCAAAGACGGAGUCCCGCAGAAAACAGUUUCCGAAAACUGGGCAUAUGGGAAACAGGUGACCCACACUGGAGGAUCUGAAGAGAACAAUGGUAGGGCCGAUGCCUACGGCAAGACCUGGCAACACGAGUCAUCGUACGAGUCUAAAUACAACUCGGGGCGGAAGGUAGUUGGUGAAACGCGGAGGGUCGGUUUCGAGGACCAGGGUGAAUUCAACGGUGACAACGUCCCCGCUACCAGAACCGAUGGAGGUUUCAGGAGCCGAUACCGGAGGGAGACCGACGACCUGAAUGUUGCUGAGUUCAGGGAAUUCGAGCGCCUUAGGACCGGCAGAAAUCGCAGGGCCGACGACCCUGAGCUCGAAGCUGAGAAUGUCGAAGACAUUGGGCGGAGUCAUGUGUGCAAAACCGCAAAAUGCGUGCACCUUCGAUGCACGAUUAAGCCUUUGCUCAAGAAUGAGGAAGUUUGGAUAGCCAUGAGGUCGAGGGUCAAGGCUAAAACGCUUAAGGAAAUCGCCUUCAAUGAGGAAAUCGAACUCUCUACUCAGCUCGUUGCCCACGUGACGCGUCAACCCUUUAUUGGCGCCCCUGCUCAACGAAUCGACAAAAGCCACGAAAUAUUCACCACCGUUCAUCCGACCGCUUCAUCUAGCGCACCUGAUGUUAUACCACUAUGGAUUGUCGUGCUGUCGGCUUGUGCCGGCGUUAUUAUUCUCUUACUACUCAUCUAUAUACUCUACAAGUGUGGCUUUUUCAAGAGGAAGCGACCGACCGAUCAGGCUGAGACGCAGCCGCUGAACGCCAAUUCCUACCAUUAAGCUCCAGCAACGUUUGAUUACUCCACCGCUACUCGUACUUCGCUCCAAAGAUGGUUUUUUGCACUGCGGUGACAUACGCUCUUAGCGUUCUGUGGAACACGGCGCGUGACGCGGAUGCUCAAAUCGUUAUGUUACGAAGUGUAUGAUUAACGAGACCGAAAACAAUUUAACGAGAAUGUUCGCGUUCAAGUUCACAUAAAACUGCGGACUAAUACGCAAUCGAUUGGCCAAAACACAAAUCGCGACAAUCCGAUUCCUACGGAUAAACAACACUCGCACCCUCUUCGUCUUCCGAGUACACAACAAGCUUAUACUCGUGUUUUGACGAGCACUGAUCCAUCAGCAUCACAACACUUGACACACUAUAUCAGUCACCACUUGCCUUUAACCGUAGUUUCAACUCCGCAACUUUCGCAAACGUGCAAUACAGAUACACGGUUCUUCACUGCUCGCCGGUCGGAGCAAAACUGACGGAUUUGCUCGCUGAGCCAAAAUUCGGAGAGGCCGCAUUGAUCGAUUUUCAAAUUUUCGCAGAGUUUGGAGCCGUCUUGAGUUGAAUUUUAGAGUAGGAUACACGAUUCAGAAGUAAUUACGUAAUGUCGACGCGCAUGACGAGCCUUGAAAGAGAUCUGAAUACCGCACUGUUUGACUUCAUCACGUUGAAAUGUCACAGGGAAUAUUUCACCUGCUAUUGAUCACUGUAAAUUAUUAUUUAAUUAUUAUGAAUCGUUUUAUUUUCCUUUUUGUUUCUAACAAUGAACUCUACUCGAACGAACGACUGUUUUAUACGUUAUAAUAAUAUAUUUUGAUAUUUACAAUAAUCGAAACGAGUGCCUUGAUAUUCGAACGAAAAUAAUUGUGAAUUCUAAAUGAUGAGAAUGAAAGAAAGAGAAUUUCACUAGCAAUUUUUAAUCACUUAUUAUACUGCCAAUGAAACUCCCUCCAGCUCCUGUAGCUCUCUUUUAAUUACAUAUAAUAUUAUAUGAGUUUCUAGUCAGAAACGUUUUUCUUAUUAUUCGGUGAGUAUUAAACACGCCGAAGUGUCGGAUAUUGGACUAAAAAUCGUAAAAAAAAAAAAAAACGAAAACAUCAAAAUACAUUUAGAAAUCGAAUAUACGUGUAUAUACUUAUUUUUAUUAUCGUUAUUUUGUAGACAUUAUUUCUGCACGCAUAUUAAUUUAAGAUUCAUCUACCGGCAAGAACAUUUCACUAUUUUUGCAUCCCGUACACGUAAGUCUUAACAAUAAAAUUAAAAAUAUAAGAACCCAUAUUACAUCUUGCUAAUUUCAAAGCAUCACAGUCCCUUUGCUGCUCAGAAGCGGGGGGGAGUAUAGAAAAUAAUAUAAUAAUUUAUUAAAAUUACGUAUUUGUAUAGCGAAUGAUCGAACGAUGAUAUACUGUGAGAUAUACAGGGUGUACAGUAACUCGGGUAUUUUAAUCCCGCCGCGGUGGUAAUUUAAACGAAAAAUGAGAACAGUAAAGUAUGAUUAAAAUUUCUACAAUAUAGCAAAACUCGUUGUUCCUCAUCUGCAAGUGACUCGAAAUUUGAAAAUUAGUAGUUUUUCGAGCUGCUGAUUAUACAUCAGGACUCAACAUUGCGGAAUUCAAAAUCGUGGCUCCAAUAUAGCGUUCGAAAAUGGAACAGAAAUUACUUGGCUUAGAUUAAACUCUGUAUCCAGAGGUUUUUGAGAAAGCUGAUAGUUUAUUAUCCUUUUUAUUCACGGACAACACUGCUACAGGUUUACAAUCCGCGAGUUACGUGACACCCUGUAGAGGCAAACGCCUCGUGUAUGUAUGUAAAUUAUUAAUUCAUUACUAAAAUUAGGAAUGAUUAGACUUACACGCAAUAAUAAUAGCUUAUACAAUAUAUAAAUAUAUAUAUAUAUAAUAGUGAAUAUCAAUGUUUUUCUUCUUGGCGAUGAAGAACGGUAGAUAUACAUGUAAAUACAGAUUAAGCGUUAUUAUUAAAACAAUAAUUAAUAAUA